GGGAGGGGAGGCAGAAACAGCCGCCGUCCUCCUGAGAGCUCCGCACUUCAUCAGGAGGAGGACCAACUCAACUGUGGGCUGUUUGAGAUACUUAUUUAUAUUUUAUUUUUAACAGCUGUUCGUUUUGUAGGGAGAGCCUAACCCCCACGGUUAGCUUCAUGGCUACACGUUCCUGCUACAGUUAGCAUAACAAAGCUAACAGCCACCGGAGCCGGCGAAGUGAGGCACCGAGGAGGAGCGGAAUGGCAGGAAUUCACACGGGUUGUCCUUCCAGAAGCAACCACUGACCAAACCGAACAAGUCCACGUUUGUUUUUGCUCUCAGAGUCACUGGUUGUCGGUGUUACCGUAAUCCCCAUCAUGGUGCAGAAGUAUCAGUCACCUGUGCGGGUGUAUAAGCACCCCUUUGAGCUGGUGAUGGCGGCGUAUGAGCGGCGCUUCCCCACCUGCCACCUCAUCCCCAUGUUUGUGGCGAGUGACAUCGUCGAAGAGGAGAAAGGUGAAGAUGGGUCCACCCACCGGGUCGAGCGCCGCUGUGCCCUGGAUGUUGACGCCCCGCGCCUUCUCAAAAGGAUCGCUGGUGUCGACUACAUUUACUUCAUCCAGAAAAACACUCUGAACAGAAAGGAGAGGACUCUUCACAUCGAGUCCCACAAUGAGACCUUUUCCAACCGCAUCAUCGUCCACGAGACCUGCUGCUAUUCGGUCCACCCGGAGAACGAGGACUGGACGUGUUUUGAACAAACGGCCAGUUUAGACAUCAAGUCGUUCUUUGGCUUUGAGAGCACCGUGGAAAAGGUUGCAAUGAAGCAGUACGCCAGCAGCAUCAAAAAGGGAAAGGAAAUCAUAGAGUUCUACCUGAAGGAGCUGGAAAACGAGGGCAUCACUCAUGUCCCCCGCUGGGCUCCUUCCUCCCAUUCUCUCGCUCUCCCCCGGGCAAACAUCCUCGCCACCAGCCCACCUGUCCCCACAAAGCACACGAGCGCGGCGUCUGCGUCCGUCCCGCAAACGGCCGACGCCAAAGACGACGCCUCGCAGGACGCAAAGCAGGACGGCGUCGCUCUGCAGGCAGACGGUCCGACAGAAAUCCUGGCUGGAACACCUGAAGACAAGCUGGAUGCAGACUACAUCAAACGUUACCUGGGUGACCUGACUCCGCUGCAGGAGAGCUGCCUGAUCAGACUUCGCAUCUGGCUUCAGGAGACACACAAGGGCAAGAUCCCCAAAGACGAACACAUCCUGCGUUUCUUGCGAGCCAGAGACUUCAACAUGGAUAAGGCGCGGGAAUUCCUGUGCCAGUCUCUAACCUGGAGGAAGCAGCAUCAGGUGGACUACCUGCUGGAGACCUGGAACCCUCCACAGGUUCUGCAGGACUACUACACCGGAGGCUGGCACCACCACGACAGAGACGGGCGUCCUUUGUACAUCCUGAGACUGGGCCAGAUGGACACCAAAGGACUGGUGCGCGCCCUGGGAGAGGAGUCUCUGCUCAGACACGUGCUGUCCAUCAACGAGGAGGGUCUGCGGCGCUGUGAGGAGAACACAAAGCUGUUCGGUCGACCCAUCAGCUGCUGGACGUGUCUGGUUGACCUGGAGGGGCUGAACAUGCGUCACUUGUGGCGACCGGGGGUCAAAGCUCUGCUGAGGAUCAUCGAGGUUGUGGAGGCAAACUACCCCGAGACUCUGGGGCGGCUGCUGAUCUUGAGAGCACCGAGAGUCUUCCCUGUUCUGUGGACACUGGUGAGCCCCUUCAUCGAUGAGAACACCCGCAAGAAGUUCUUGAUCUAUGCGGGUAACGACUACCAGGGUCCUGGAGGUCUCGUGGACUACAUAAACAAGGAGAUCAUCCCUGACUUCUUAGGAGGAGAGUGUAUGUGUGAGGUACCAGAGGGUGGCCUGGUUCCCAAGUCCAUGUAUCGAACACCAGAGGAGCUGGAGAACGAGGAUGUCCGCCUGUGGACCGAGACGAUCUACCAGAGUGCCAGCAUCUUUAAGGGGUCUCCACAUGAGCUCGUGAUCGAAAUCAUCGACGCCGCCUCGGUCAUCACCUGGGACUUCGACGUUUGCAAAGGUGACAUCGUUUUCAACAUCUACCACUCAAAGCGGGCCCCCCAGCCACCACGUAAAGACCCCCUCGGAGCCCACGGCAUCACCUCCCCUGGAGUCAACAAUGUCCAGCUCAUCGAGAAGUCCUGGACUCUGGGCCAGGACUACAGCAUGGUGGAAUCCCCCCUCACCUGCAAGGAGGGCGAGAGUGUGCAGGGCUCCCAUAUAACCCGGUGGCCGGGCUUCUACAUCCUGCAGUGGCGGUUUCACAACAUGCCGGCCUGCUCGGCCACCAACCUGCCCCGGGUGGACGACGUGCUGGCCACGCUUCAGGUGUCCUCGCACAAGUGCAAAGUCAUGUUCUACACCGAGGUGCUGGGCUCGGAGGACUUCAGAACGGCUUGCUGUGAUGUGCAGAGUUUGGGUUCCAUGACCAGCCUGGAGUCGAGCCACAGCGGUUUCUCCCAGCUCAGCGCCGCCACCACCACCUCCAACCACUCCCAGUCCAGCUCCAUGAUCUCCAGGUAGAACCCGACAGCUGAGGACUUCAUUCCCAGAAUGCAUCACUCCACUGUCAUCAACCCAGAGGACACCCCCCCCCACCCCACCCACCCCCGUGUCCUCUUCAGAAGACGAAGAGUCCUGAAAUUCUGAGGCAAACAAACUAACUUUGACACUACGUGUAAGAUUUAAAGGGCUGAUUUUUGCACAAAGGUUGUUUGAAUGUUCGUGAGGUGGAGGUGUUCGAGUGGAGCAGGCGAAGCAAUAUUUUCCUCCUGGAAGCUCCAGGAGCCGACGAAGACACUGGAGACGCUGUUACUUAUAUGCAUUUACUCCAACAGCCACUGACCCGAGCCGACGCGUACCUCGCCCCGUGCCCCGUUGAGACUGAAUGUUCCGUUACGCGCAGGAACCGUGCACAAACGAAUUGUUACUGUAAGGGUUUCAGUGAGCCGUUCAUAGGUCAAAUGUUGGUGAGGUCAAAACCCGGCCUGGAUCUGGGUCCAGCCUGCAGGUGGUCCACCGUUCCACCACAACUGCAGUGUCAGUAUUUCCUGUUUCAGAGUGGAAAUUUCCUGGUGUUGAUUCGUGCGAGGAAACUCCCAAGGGCUCUAUCACACCCGUCAAACCACGAGACGAGCUGGAUAACCAGAGAUGGACUUUCUGCAUGUUUUAACUUAUUUGUGGAGGAUCAUGGGUAAGUUUUGUCCAGGCAGGCGCACGGAGAAGAGAAAAACUGUCACUAAUAUCACUUCCUGUCAAAAGUCGUAUUUUAACGGUGAAAGUUCGUCCGUCUGCUCAAUUAAGGAACUCAAAUCAAGGAAUCACGUCGUCGAGGCGCCGAUCGGCCAGCGUGGUCCUUCCAGCCGAGACGCCAGAACCUGGCGACGUCGCCGUGGUGCGUUUGUGCGCGUGGGCUUCGUUAUUUAGGAGUUGAGAGCCGUGCGUCAAUAAAAACCAUUUUAGCCUUUCGUAAGCGUCACGUAGAGAAAAGCACCCGAUAUUUUCACAAACGUUUCGAAACGCGACACUUUUUUUCUAAUAGAUUGUAGUUUUGAUGACCUUAACCUGUACAGGGCGGAAACGAGCCGUCACUUUGUUGCCAUGGUUACGGAGAGUAGUUGGGAAAUAAUAAGUUACACAGGAAUCAAACUUAAAACUGCUUUUUUUGAAAACAAUUAUUUAAUGUCAUAAACUGCAAUAACCAGAGGAAGGUGAGUGUGUGGUGGUAAUCACUGAAUGUUUGCUGCAGACUGGUGUGUGUGUGUGGGGGGGAUAGAUAUAUAUAUAUAUAUCUGUAAUAGGACGUGUAAACUUUUAUUUCUUAAAGGAGCUUAAAGUUUUCCAGCUCGUUGGGAAACUCGUUACAGGAAGCAUCGUCCUCGUCGGUGCUCCUCAGAGACGAACCGGACCUUUGGAUUCAAGCCACGAGCACAAAGAUGUUUUUUCUUUUCUUUUCUCCUCUGACCCGUUUGCGUCACCGUUUCUGCUUUUCAUCACCGUCUCGUCCACAAAUGAGGGCUACCGUCUCGAUUGUUCGGCGCAUUUCAUCUCUCUUCACGGCCUCUUUUCUCUGCCAUCUUUGCAUAUCUUUAAACGGUGACGUGAGAAAUGAUGUAAUAAAUAAAAAAAGUUACUGGUUUGGAUGAAUGAAAACAUGGAGCCUUUACGUUUUUGAAGAUAAUAAACUUGAAUCAUGAGUAAAUGGAAA